UAUGACGUUUUUCUUGCAGUUCGGGUAUUUUCAAGGAGCGAUCUGGGAUAAGUGCUGUACUAUAUGUGAUACAAUUGUGAAGUGAUUUUGCUGGCGUUGUGUCUUCCGCUAUGGAUUUGUCAAACCUCACGAUCGCCGAGCUUUUUGCGGGUAGCGUUAAACAAUUGAGAAAUCAGUACUGCGGACAACAGAUCCAAGAUCCGUCUGUGAUGUACUACUCCAAUGUGACUUCUGCUUCCGAUAGAUAUCAUGGAAUGAACCUUAAUCGGAGACAAGGGGCGAAUGAGGAGGAUUACCCGCUGUUCGAAUCUUCGACGCAGGUUGUGAAGUAUUUGUUCGACAUAUCCGAUGAUCGCAUUUUGAAUGAGGAAAGUCGAGAAUCGUCGUCGAGUGGCUGUGAGGCUGACAGUAAUUCCGACCUCGGCGCUUCCCCUCAGACUUCUUUCUUGAUCGGAUCUCCGGAGAAAGUACCGAAGCGUGGCGAAAUUUUCAAGAUGUCGGACAUGUCCUUCAGCAACGAUGCACCGGAAUUCAGCGCUAGCUCGUAUCGAUUCGGUGCAGGAUCGGCAAGUCCGUUGGACGCGGGUAAUCGGCCGCAUCCGGAUGAAAGCAUUGCGAACGAUUCUGGAUUUUUCCUUAAUUCCACUUUCAUGGAUGCUGUUGUUGGACAAAACCCCGGGAAUUUCACGGAAUUCGUUCGCAAUGACAAAAUUCGCGAAGGAACCUAUCAAACUUCAGGACAAGAGUACGGAAAGUUGCCUUUGCUUCCAAGUCCGUCCGAAUACUCUCGUUUCGAUCAAACGAAGUCUGCACCGAGUAAGAAGCCUCCAAAUCUGGUCCUCAAUAAUCUUCAGCCAAACAUGGGAAGUGCCGGAUACUUCCCGUAUCCUUAUUCGAACGUCGCUGGAGCGAUUAAAUCUCCGAAUCCAAGGGAAGGUCUUCUGGGUGAAUCGCCGUUUCAUUACGUUUUGCCUGGCAUGGUUCCGCCUGGCUACGUUCCUUCCCCGAUGGGCUUUGGGAUUGUCGCCCCGGGGUGUCCAAAUGCCAGUCGGAUGUCAUCGCAGCCAUUCUUCCAGUUUCCUCCAAAUGCUGAUUACGGGCAGACCCCGCCAGUUGUUCCUAUGGGACAGAAUGGAAUGCUGGGGAGUCAUUGGCAAAAUCAGAAUUCAGCUCAAAGGAAGCAACCUCCCGCGAAAUUUGCUCCGGUUGUCCCCAUGGAUCGUGCAUCCGCUGCGGAGGUUCCUCUACCUUGUCAAGGCACUUUUCCAUACUGCAAUCAGCUUGAUGGUUACGGCGAUCCGAGGAAACGUCAGAAAAUAACUGCAAUCCGCCACAUUCGAAAUUGUCUGAGAGCCGAUCAGUUGGAAACCGUAGUGGAGACAGCUGAUUACUUGCUGAAAGCAUUGGAGAACCAGAGGAAAAAUGUGGAAGCUGAGCUCGCCAUGCGAUUUCCCGGCCGACGCAUUUGCACGGUCCCGACGGUGAAUCCGAUGCAAUAUUGCGCACCCGGGGGAAAUUACACGCCUUUGGAUAAGUUGAUCCUUGCGUGUUCGAUCGAACACACGAAGGUUAUGACUAUCAUCGGGAAAAUCGAAGGCUUUCUUGGACACCCGGUGCACCCAGAUGUUCGCGAAGACGUGGCGCGGUUCAAAGCUGCUUUUCUGCGAAUGCAAAAUGCGAGGAAGGAGGAAAUUGCUAGGGUUACUGAGUUGCAUGAACAGGGAAUUGCUCACUCUCAAGAAGGUCUUGCGGCGGAAUACAUGGCGUUUGAGUCAGUUUUGUUGACGGUGAAGGAGUUCCAUGGUCGCGCAAGAGCCGCCAGAAGUGCUGUGUAUUCGACUCUUUUGACAAUGAAGUUGGACGACUCUGACCCUGCACUGAAGGACGCAAUUUUUGUUCCGACGAAGAUGUGGGUUGAACUCAUCGAACACUCCCGAACUCUUUUUUCUGAAGGAUCUGCGAAGCAACAGAAGGAAUUCGAAUGCCCAGAGGACGAGGAAAUUCAGAAGAUCGAUGUUUUGAUUGACUGA